CAGUGGCAGUAAGAUUUUCGCCACGAAUUCCAUUGGUCACUCUAACAAAACGCGCAAUGUUUUCGCACAAGUUUAGUUGCGGGUCCUUGACCAAAAUGACUGAAGCCGGCAUUACCUUCGAUCCGCCGGUGUACGAGCAGCGAUACUGCGCCACGAUCCAGAUCAUGGAGGACGCCCGCUGGAAGGAUCAGAUCAAGAAGGUCGUGGAGUUCGGCUGUGCCGAGAUGCGCUUCUUCCAGCUAAUGCGUCGCAUUGAGACAAUAGAACAUAUUGGACUGGUGGACAUCGACGAGUCCUUGCUCAGGAGAAACUCAACCAGCGUUAAUCCACUUGUUUCCGAUUAUGUACGGAGUCGUGCGAGUCCUCUAAAAGUUCAAAUUAUGCAGGGGAAUGUGGCAGAUUCUUCGGAAGAAUUGAGGGACACCGACGCUGUUAUCGCAAUCGAACUAAUCGAGCACGUUUACGACGAUGUAUUGGCCAAAAUUCCAGUCAAUAUUUUUGGUUUCAUGCAGCCGAAAUUGGUAGUCUUCAGCACGCCAAACUCGGACUUUAACGUUAUAUUUACGCGGUUCAAUCCGCUGUUGCCAAAUGGUUUUCGCCACGAGGAUCACAAGUUCGAGUGGUCACGCGAUGAGUUCAAGAAUUGGUGUUUGGGCAUUGUGGAGAAGUACCCGAACUACGUGUUUUCCCUUACGGGAGUGGGUAAUCCGCCCAAGGAAUUCGAGUCCGUGGGCCACGUUUCACAGAUAGCCAUAUUCGUUCGCAAGGAUAUGCUGGAGAUGCAGUUGGUUAACCCGUUGGUUAGCAACCCCAAUAUCGAUAAGGAAUCAACUCCCUACAAGCUAAUUCAUGCCGUGGAAUAUCCAUUUUAUGUGGAUACGCGCACCGAGAAGGAGAAGCUCUGGACCGAAGUGCAAAUCGAGCUUCAGCGCUUCAAAAGACAUUUCAAAUCCUCAGAGAUUGAGGAGGAUACUUACCAGGACACUUGUAAUAUGCCUAUUGCUGUCUUAUUGGAUCACCUAGAUUACAUGGGUGCCACCAAAGAACUUAUCGAGGAACUGCUACUGGAAAAUAAUCUAAAAGUAGAGAACGAGUGUGUUUUAAUAGUUAGUUCCGAUGAGGAAUCGGAGUGGUCUGAGCCAUACGAGUUUUCUAAUCGUUCCUCCCAGGAUACUGCUUUAGUCGACCAGGAACGAGAGGAGGAAUGCUGGGAUCAAGAACCCGAAUCAUAAGAUACGAUUACUAAAAAAAGUAUAUAUUUAACCAUAUUUCUAACACCAUUUCGAAGUCUCGUUUGUCCAUUACAAAUUUCCAAAUCAUUUUUUAUUAACAAUAAUGAAUUCUUGACAAACCGAAGAUCGGUAUUCAAACUUUAGUCAUUAUGUCUAGAAUUUAGAUUUACUUACAUCAACUAAGCUUAAAUUAAACGGUUGUAUUUCGAUAGUGAGCAUAAAAACCCAUAUUUCGAAUGCGAAGUGUAAGAACUGCAAGCUGAUAUUACAAUAAUCUUGUUAGGAUCUCUCGUUUUAUUAAUACUUUUGGACUAUGAAUAACAUUUGCAAAUCAUCUAACUUCUGCUUUUAUUUUUGGGUCAUUAAUUCCUUUUAAGACUUUACAAUAAACCAUUACCAACAAGUUGUGUUAACUGAC